AGAUACGUCAUGACAAUGCGACGAAACCGCAUGCUAAGUAGUAUGAGAUUUGUAAACACAUUUUUCUGAGAUAUUUUCUCUGAAUUUUGUGAAAUGGCAUUACCAGAAACACAGAAAAUGAAGACCAAAGGCACGUUCCACGGAAAAGAAGGGAAUAGAAACCAACCCUACAAACAACAAAAGAGGUUAAACAAGUAUAAGAGGAAAUGGGUCCCUGAGCACAAGGUGUUCGACGGCAGUAUUGCAGAAGGUCAGGGUUUUGCUUUCAAACGGAAGGAGAAAGUAAAACAUGAAUACAACAAACUGCUACGGAAGGAGCGGAGGAAGAAUGCAGAGGUCAAAACCCAAUAUAAGGAAGAGUUCCCCGAACAUCUGCGACAUCUGUACGAAGCUGAGGCAGAGCAACUAAUGAAUGAGGCUAAGAUUAAUAGAAUCAACAGAACUAAAGCUAGGAUGGGUGGUGGAGGGGGUGCUGUAGAAGAGAAAGCAGCCCCAAUGGAAGUAAACGAAGCGUCACCAACGUCCACAGAACCUGCAGCUGAUGCUGGCAUCUGUACCAACCAGACGGAUUCUUCUGCUCAGCUUCCUUCAGCUACAGGGGAUUUAGAGAACGACAGUCUGCCAGUGAGUAACCGGAGUAAAAAGAAAAUGUUGAGGAAGACUUCCUAUCAGAAGACAAAAGAGGAGUUUGAGAGUAUAAAAAUAAAGAAGCAGAAAAAGAAAGAGGAAUUUUUGAAGAACAAGCAACAAAAAGAAGAAGCCAUCAAAAAGUACAAACAGAAGAAAAGUGAGACCUUUCAGAUGCUGAGCAAAAAGACCAAGAAGGGGCAGCCCAACCUAAACCUACAAAUGGAUUACCUGCUCCAGAAGAUUCAAGAGGCCAAUAGGAAAUGACAAGGAAGAAUGGACAUUAGCUAAACUUUGGAACUCCUACAUUUACAUUUUAAGAGAACAUUUCUUAAGUCAAUGUGUCAUUAAGUUCCCCUACACAGCACGUUCUCGGUGACUUGUCUGUAUCAUAAAUGUUUAUGUAGUGUGAGACUCUUGUAGUGUAUUUUAAUAUUGAACCACAAGGUGGCAUUUAAAGAAAUCUCGAUGGACGAGUUACUCUUGUUAAAUAUAUAAAAAUGUAUCUGAAAUGACUUUUAAAUUGAAUUAAAUGGCUUUUAACUUGGU